GUUUCAAAAAUUAAAAUAUAUAUGGUUCUUUUUGGAUUCGAUCCUCGUAAGAGAGACCUAAUGAACGCUGCUCGUGUAGCGAUUGGUGAUGAUUGUGCGCAAUAUGAUUUUCAAUUUUCAAAUUUGUUGCCAUUUUGCCCUCCCCCUAUUUUUAUUAAUGAUGAUUCCAGUUUUCGAUUUUACUUGCAACUGAAAUCCUUUUAUAGAGAUGCUUUAAUGUUGCCAUUAUGUGUUCAAUUCUUCCCCAAUUUGCUCAACGCGACAUGGAAUCCUCAACGCGACAACGCGUCAAUGUCUUUGAAUUUCAGUUCAAAUGACAUUAAUUCAAUGCCUACUGGUGACAUUGCACUUGCCAAUCAUCAUCCUCCUAAUUCUAGCACAGCCCCUAGGAUUGGUUUCAGUACUCAACUGUUCAAGGCUGCUUCAGCAAUGGUAACUGUUGCCUUCAAAUACCUGGUCAUGAAAGCACAAGAAUAUGGCUUGACCAGGCCAUUUGCAGUAACAGACAGCCUAUUUGUCAGUCUAUUGAAGAAAGAAUAUGAUAACUACUUGGGAAAAAGGAAAACCAUUGCUGAAGCAGCCUUGAACAGUUCAGUACUGAAACCAAUCCUAGGGGCUGUGCAAGAAUUGGGAGGGGAAGACCAGUCGCCACACAAAACCAUACUUUCCAUGUCUACGGAUCUUACUGCCAAAGGUGAUGGACAAACUGGAAGUGUACAAGGAGCGAAAAAUGCCUGAGAUGGGAGAUGAUGUGCUAGGCAUUAUGAACGUAAAUGAUUGCCCACAACAACAAGACGCAUCUUUCAAAGCUCUCCUUCUCCGUUCCUGAGUAGGUUCCUAGGACUGUAUAAUUGGUAUUAGAGAAGUCACGAUCCUUCUUCUUCAACAAAUUUGAUCAAUUGUUAAUCAAUUGAUUUUAUCCUGGUGCUAUUCAGAUUUUUUGUGUCUCUCAAUUGCAUGUUAUAUAUUUUAGUGUAAUUGGAAAAACUACGUCCAAUGGUAUCCUAAUAAUCAUCAAAGAAGUUUGGUGGUGCGGAGUGCACGCUUCAUUGAGUUUGUUACGAUAUAAAACCCGUUACACCGGGGGUUCCAAGGGGGCAGCGCCCCCGAGCAGGGUUCAAGGGGCGGCAGCCCCUACGGGGUCCAAGGGGCAGAGCCCCUGGCUGGGGUCCUCGAAAAUUUUUUAUUUUGGGCUCAGUGCUAUGUUAAAAAAUUCAAUUAGAAUUUUAAUUUCGAAUUUUCUUUAAAAGAAAAUUCGAUGGAUAGGACCGAAUUUUGAAGAAGAAACUUCCGCGCGAAGAGUUGCGUGCUUUGGGUAAUAGCCGCGAAUGGUGUCUUCUCUUUCUCACCCCUAGUCUAUAAAAUCCCCCUGGGCAUGGUCGAAUUUCGUUCGGUUUUUACAUAGCAAUUCUCAUAUUUCGUUCUUGAUACUUUCGAGUUUUAUCCGAUUGAAUUUUGGAGUGAACAACCAAAAUAUUCAAUCUGAAAGUGUUUACACAACUCUCGAUUCAUCCAAGUUAUCAUUAAUUUCCACAACAUUUGGUUUGCAAAUGAAUUUUUAUCCUGAUUUGUUUUGUGCGAAGAUCAGAUUCCUUCUCAAACUAGACGGAAAACUCUAGUCAACACAAGAUCAAAGUAACAAUGGAAGAAUCCAUCCAGAAGAUUUUUGAACAGCAUCAAGAAGGGAUGAACCGGCAACUGCUAGAACAUCAAAGGUCAAUGGAUGAGCAAUUUCGAUCAUUCACAUCAUUAUUACACAAGCUUCAAUCAUCAAAUGUCAGCACCAAAACAGCAGCAGGAAGCUCGCCUAUGCACACCGAAGGUAGACAUCCAUUUUCCUUUAACCCUAGAAUUGAAUUGCCUUUGUUUAUGGGGUAAUUGAUAAGUCCGUUUUGUACGCACUUAUCUUCUCUUUAUUUAACGUGUUGUUGUCUAAUUUUGGAUUAAACAAAUCAAUUUCUGAAUAGUUU